AUGAGAGCACACAUGCUGAAAUGGAAUGGCUGCCAACCACCAUAUCAUAAAUAUGCUGUGUAUCUUGUUUGUGGUUUCGAACUAAUCAUUUCCGCUGUAUCGAUGGCAAUUGCUCAGAAAUAUUACGAAUUGUGCACAAUAUUGUUUCCAAUUGCUAUAUAUAUGUUUGAUGAUACAAAGCAAAAACAAAUCCCUGACUUCAUUUGGAGCCAGAAAGAGCGACAAAUUCUUGGAAAUCAUGAAAUGAAGUUAUUAUUACUGUGGUGCACGUCAACGAUAGCAGUAUUUAUGGCCAUGUUAUUAAUUAUUCCUUUUUUUUUCAAAUUUCAAAAACCGAGAUCAAAUCGAGAGCGGUCUCUUCGCAUAGCAGUUUCAUAUGGAUUAGCAAUUUUAUUUAUCAGCUUAGUAUUAAUAAAUGGUGCUGUAUUAAUAUGGCUUUUUAUCACUGCACCUGAUGAUAACAGACUGUUUUACAAGUUAUUUGACAGUUCCGUAAAAGAAGAGAUUUUCUUGACAAAAAUCGAGAAAGGCCUUGAUUGCAUUUCUGAUGACGAUAAAGAACUCGAUCCAACUAUUGUUAGUUGA